UGUGAAAUAUUGUUUUUGUACAGCAUUAUACUUUUGAACUGGAAUGUUCCAAAGUAUCCUGAACUAACCAGCAGGAGUCAGAAGACCGCUACUUUUUUUACGACAGGUAUCCAACCCCCAAAAAAAGAGAAAAGAGAAAGUCAGAGCGGAAGUGGGAGAUGAAGCGCAGCAGCGGAACUUUCGAGGAGAGCGAGAACUGCGCGCGAUGCGAAGUCAAACAAAGAAAGAAUUAAAAGAGUAAAGUUGAAAGGGGAAAGUCGGUGGUUGAGGCGGCAGCAGCAAUGGGACUCCCCACUUUGGAGUUCAGCGACUCUUUCCUGGACAGUCCGGACUUCCGAGAGCGCCUCAAGUGCCACGAAAUCGAGCUGGAGCGGACCAACAAAUUCAUCAAGGACCUGAUCAAGGAUGGAAACCUGCUGAUCACUGCGCUCAAGAAUCUGUCCGCCGCCGUCCAGAAGUUCUCCCUGUCGCUGCAGGAGUUCCAGUUUGAGUGCAUCGGCGACGCAGAGACGGAUGACGAGGUGAACAUCGCCCAGUCAUUCAAAGAGUUCUCCCAGCUUCUGACCACCGUUGAAGAGGAAAGAAGACGCUUGAUUCAGAAUGCUGAUGAUGUGUUAAUUACUCCCCUGGAAAAAUUCCGCAAGGAGCAGAUCGGCGCUGCGAAGGAGGGGAAGAAGAAAUUCGACAAGGAGACGGAGAAAUACUACUCCACGCUUGAGAGGCACCUCAGCUUAUCAUCCAAGAAGAAGGAGGCAUAUCUGCAGGAGGCUGACACGCAGAUUGAUAAAGAGAGGCAACUCUUCUAUGAUGCCUCCCUUGAGUAUGUUUUCAAAAUACAAGAAGUGCAGGAGAAGAAGAAAUUUGAGUUUGUUGAGCCGCUCCUGGCCUUUCUCCAGGGUUUGUUUACGUUCUACCACGAAGGAUACGAGCUGGCUCACGAGUUUGAGCCGUAUAAACAGCAGCUCCAGUUCAACCUACAGAACACCCGAAACAACUUUGUGAGCACUAAGCAGGAAGUGGAGAAGCUGAUGAAGAGGAUAAGGUCAGCAGACCAGGACUACAAACCCCCGGGCCAGUGGACGAUGGAAGGCUUCCUGUAUGUCCAGGAGAAACGUCCCCUGGGGUGCACCUGGACGCGCCACUACUGCACCUACGAGAAGGGAGGCAAGACCUUCUCCAUGAGCAGCGCUGAGACAAAAGCCACCGCAAAACAGAACGGUCUUGUCCUCAACCAGCCGGAGAUGUUCAAGCUCAAGUCCUGCAUUCGGAGGAAAACGGACUCCAUCGACAAGCGUUUCUGCUUCGAUAUUGAAGUGGUGGAGAGGCACGGCGUCAUGACACUGCAGGCCCUCUCGGAGCCCAACAGAAGACUGUGGCUGGAGGCCAUGGACGGCAAGGAGCCGAUUUACAACCUGCCAGCCAUAUUGAACAAAAAGGAAGAAACAUUUCUUAAUGAGGCGGGCUUUAACUUUGUGAGGAAAUGCAUCGACCUGGUGGAGAUUAGAGGAAUAAACACAAUGGGACUGUACAGAAUUGGAGGGGUCAACUCCAAAGUACAGAAGCUGCUGACCACGGUCUUUUCAUCCAGGGCGCCCGUUGAUAUCGACCUGGAUCCAGACACGUGGGACAACAAAACUAUCACCAGCGGCCUGAAGACUUACCUCAGGUGUCUCUCUGAGCCUCUAAUGACCUUCAAGCUGCACAAGGAUUUUAUCCUGGCUGUCAAGUCAGACGACCAGAACUACAGGGUGUGUGCCGUCCACGCUCUGGUUCAUAAGCUGCCCGACAGGAACAAGGAAAUGCUGGAGCUGCUUAUCAAGCACCUCGUCACAGUUUCCACACAAAGCCAGUCCAACCUGAUGACCGUGUCCAACCUGGGCGUCAUCUUUGGGCCCACCCUGAUGCGCUCCCAGGAGGAAACCGUGGCCGCCAUGAUGAACAUCAAGUUUCAGAACAUUGUGAUGGAAAUACUCAUCGAGAACUUCAGCAAGAUCUUCCAUCAGCCCCCGGACCCCAACGUGCCGCUGCCCCAGCCCCAGAGCCAGCCCGGCUCCCGCAGGAGCAGGGCCAUCUGUCUGUCCACGGGGCCCCGGAAGCCGCGCAGCCUCUACACUCCAGCGCUGUGCCUGGCGGAUGCAGAAAGUGACACUUUUAGCAGCAGUCCAAGCAGCACCCCCCCGGGCAGCAUGGAAUCCCUUGUCUCCCACUCCUCCCAACAGAAAAGCUCCUCCCAGACGGGCGCUUCGCCGCGCUCAAGGACAAAGGGCUGUCCGGAACUCCGGGCGAAGCCCGCGCGGCUCCCCCCCGUCGGCGUGGCGUGGGUCAGCAGCCCGGAGUCCAGCUCCAGGGAGGACGCCGGGCGCACCGACGGGGAGUCGGAGGACGCCCUCAGCCUGUCCUCGCCGAGCACGCCGCCCGGGAUGUCCCUCGCCCCCAAAAAAGCCCCGCACCGCCACAUGGACCUCAGGCCGGCGUCUCUGAUCCGCUCCGCCGGGCCCUCCCUGUUAUCGCUGCACAUACCUGAAGGCCACCGAAGCUGCAGCGGAUCUGUCCAAAGUCUGUCAACACUGGAGCCCGACGAGGGUUUGAAGCCCUCGCAGCACCCGGACCUUCCACCGAAGCGGGGGACCCGCUGCAGGGAGGACGCCUCCGUCAGCAACGGCUACCAAAGGCCCGGCUCCGUGGUCGCUGCCAGAGCACUGCUUUUUGAGACGGCCUCCUCGCCGCAGUCCGUUCCCGUCGGCCGGGACGCCAAGGCGAUGUAUUCCUGCGAGGCCGAGCACAGCCACGAGCUCAGCUUCCCGCAGGGGGCGCACUUCACAAACGUCUACCCGUCUGUGGAACCCGGCUGGCUCCAAGCAACAUACGAGGGGAGAACCGGUCUAAUCCCCGAGAAUUAUGUUGUCUUCCUCUAACAAGCUGGUAAACAUGUCAUCUUUUUCAUGGUAUCCAUGGAAAAAAAAGAAAAAGGACAAUGCACAGUGUGGCUAAUUGUUGUAAUGUCUCUAUUAUUGCAGGUAACUAACGUGUCUGCAGUCUAUCAAGCAGGGCAGUGAUGCUUUAGCUUUAACACAGCUAGAAAUUCAAAAAAUGCGCGUCCCUUGCGGCAAUGGCUUCAGAGAUUCACAGAUGCAGAAGAAAUAGUUGUUUUUAGAUGAAUAUAUAUUACCCGUCGAAUGCACUGUUUUUAAUCCCAGUAUUAUCCUCCAGAACCACGAAACAGUCACAAUCAAUUUCACAAGUUUUAUUCUCAGAAAUAUAUUAUCUUUUAACUUUCCCACUGUAUCGACAGAACACUUUCCUUUAAUCAAUGGAAGUCUGCAGAUCCAUAAACAUUCUCCAGUUGCUGCAAUUGAAACAAACUGUGAUUUGACAUAUCGAUACUAAUCUGGUCUAUUAGAACCUAAUAGAAAAAGCAGAAUGGGUUUGCACCUUAACCUUCAUGUUUGUGGCAGGUGAUCAUUGUUCAUCCACUGAAGCUGCUCACUGCUGCAGUGCACUUUCUGGUCAGCAACACGGCACUGUACUGUACAUUCAUCCUCAUGAGUCCUUCUGCAGAUGCUAAUCAAAAUAUUCACUUUGUUUAACUGUUUAUUACUAUAAAUUAUCACAUCAAAUAUAUGUGUAAAAAUGUGUUGUUUUUUUGUUGUCAUGGAGUUGAAUGACCCGUGUGGUACUGUACUCAUCGGUACACUGUUGUACCAGUAAUGAUAACAAGACAUGUUUCAGAUUAUAUUAUGUUAACGAUACCAUGUGAUAUUUCAAUUUUAUAUAAAGUCACAACAUUUCCUAACUACAAGGUCAAUGAUUAUUGAAUAAAGGUAACUUUUUAACAGUGAUACUAUUUCAGAAAUAAAGAAGUAAGAAAAUAAUCAUCAACACUUUUGCUCUUCAGUUAUUACAAACUGAAAAUGUAUUUCAAAGAAAGACCAAAAAUGUUUUCGGGUAAACUGUUUGAAAUCUUGCAUGUGCAAAGAUCAGGAUGUUCUUUUCCCAUUUACAUUUUUAAGAGUGCGAGGCGACCUUGAGCAUUCAUAAUGGAAUAAAACUCCCUUACACUCUGAAUUGGCAGGGGAAGUGGUAUUAAUAUCUUAAAUAUGUAACUUUUGGCAUUCCUUUUUUUAUAUAUGGCAAGCUUGUUUCCUUGCCUUCAUCUACUGUACCCUGACAGUGCAUCAACAUGUCUAUAAAUAAACAGUGUGAUUUAUUGGA